AUGUACAGAAAAUGGUAUUAUGAUUUAAAAUUACAAGACUGUAAAGAAACUGAAAUUGGCAAGUGUGCAAACAAUUUCAACAGCUUUUCGAAUAAAAAAGCCUGUAGAGAUCAGUGCCAAGAUGCCGGUAAGCAGGAGUUUAAGACACGUGUUACGCCGAAAAUAUAUUGUACUUUUCAACAAGAUUUCGGUGAUUGCAACACCUACUAUCCUAAAUUUUACUUCGACAUAACGCACCGGGAAUGUAGGGGUUUUUCGUACAGUGGCUGUGGAGGAAAUUUAAAUAGAUUCGCCACUUUCCAAGUGUGUUCCGCAAUUUGUAUGCCGCUCGUCGAGUACAAGUUAGAUGAAGAUGUGAAAGACGUCGGACAGCAGCGUGCAACGCUAUUUUCUAUAUUGUUCGGGUGA